GCACCGUGAGCGCCGAGGACAAGGCGGCGGCUGAGCGCUCCAAGAUGAUAGACAAGAACCUGCGGGAAGACGGGGAGAAGGCGGCGCGGGAGGUGAAGUUGCUGCUGUUGGGUGCUGGGGAGUCGGGCAAGAGCACGAUUGUCAAGCAGAUGAAGAUCAUCCAUGAGGACGGCUACUCGGAGGAGGAGUGCCGGCAGUACCGGGCCGUGGUCUACAGCAACACCAUCCAGUCCAUCAUGGCCAUUGUCAAAGCCAUGGGCAACCUGCAGAUUGACUUUGCCGACUCCUCCCGUGCGGACGAUGCCAGACAGCUGUUUGCGCUGUCGUGCACAGCCGAGGAGCAGGGUGUGCUCCCUGAGGACCUGUCUGGCGUCAUCCGGAGGCUCUGGGCUGACCAUGGUGUGCAGACCUGUUUCGGCCGCUCUCGGGAGUACCAGCUCAAUGACUCCGCAGCCUAUUACCUGAACGACCUGGAGCGCAUCGCACGGAAUGACUACAUCCCCACGCAGCAAGAUGUGCUGCGGACCCGAGUGAAGACCACGGGCAUCGUGGAGACACACUUCACCUUCAAGGACCUGCACUUCAAGAUGUUUGAUGUGGGCGGGCAGCGGUCUGAGCGGAAAAAGUGGAUCCACUGCUUUGAGGGCGUCACAGCCAUCAUCUUCUGCGUAGCCUUGAGCGCCUAUGACCUGGUGCUAGCUGAGGAUGAGGAGAUGAACCGCAUGCAUGAGAGCAUGAAGCUGUUUGACAGUAUCUGCAACAACAAGUGGUUCACGGACACCUCCAUCAUCCUCUUCCUCAACAAGAAGGACCUGUUCGAGGAGAAGAUCACACACAGCCCCCUGACCAUCUGCUUCCCUGAGUACACAGGGGCCAACAAGUAUGACGAGGCAGCCAGCUACAUCCAGAGCAAGUUUGAGGACCUGAACAAGCGCAAGGACACCAAGGAGAUCUACACGCACUUCACUUGUGCCACAGACACCAAGAACGUGCAGUUUGUGUUCGACGCCGUCACCGACGUCAUCAUUAAGAACAACCUGAAGGACUGCGGCCUCUUCUGAGGGGCAGCAGGGCCAGACGGGAUGGGCCGCCGCUGUCGUCUGCUCUCCCCUGCCCGAGGAAGAUGGGGCAAGAGGACCACGUUCCCGCCUGUGCCCCUUCCUCACCCCGGCCGCUUUUCCCCUCUUUCCAUUCUCUGUUCUCGGCUCCCCUGUCUUUUCCCUCAGCUCCAGAGGCGGGGGGAAGGAGUUACCACGGGCCUUCCUGUUUGAAGCCCACCCUCGUCCCAGGUGCUGGGGAUGGCCUCAGUACCCCCCCAGGCAUCUGUUCUGGGUACAACCUUUGUCUUGUUUGUGAAUGGGGAGGGGUGCACAUCCUGAGUCUCCCAGGGCCUGUAUUUGGAGGGAAGCCCCCCUGGGACCCCUGGUUUUGCCCAUCACCAGCCCCCGACCCAACCCAAGUCCAAAUGUUUACAGGGAGCCUCCCUCCCACCCACCCUCCAACUGCUCGGAGGCCCCAAAGGAAAAAGCACAAGAAGCAUGAGAUGCCACCAUUCCUGGAGACCACAGUCCACCUGCUCAUUCGUAGCUUUUUUAAAAAAGGAAAAAAG